AUGAAUUCUUUCACACUGCCGAAACGAAGACUCAAGAUGCAAUGUCACUCUCGACGAUACCACCGCGAUGCUCGCAACAGGGACGCGUCUGGGGCCUCUGAACUGUCUUCUGUCAAUGAAGAGCCUUCAAUGCCUAUUGGAUACCAUCGUUUUACCUUUCCCCAAAGCUGUAUUCUUGAUCGCAUCAUCGAAGAGCGUUGCAUCAGGUCUUUCGAAAAGGUUGACCGCAAGAAUCCUGCGAAUUUCCAUAGGGGUCUGAAGAUGACUUUGCAGAAAGCCGACACAACCAACAUUGUUAUCACUCUCGGAGAUGUCAUCCACUACCAGCGAGGUCUUGUUGGGAGGAACACCUGUGUCGUUACCGCUGAGGGUCCGGAAUGGCCUGGGAAGCAACUUGUAGUCAAGAUCAGCUGGCCGAGCAUCUAUCGCGACUCAGAGAAGAAGUUUAUUGAUGCCGCGAAGGCUAAAGCCCGGGAGAUGACCAGUAAAGGCAAGGAACACUGGGUCUUGGACCAUCUUCCAGAGAUUUUUCAUUCCGAAGAAUUUCAGUUCGAUGAUGAAGAUUCGCCACAGGGAAGACUAAGGAAGCUGUUGAUCGAUGCUGCAUAUGUGGAUGGGAAUACUUUUAUAUACGAUGAGCGUUUUCCUCGUAUUACUGUCUCCGAACGCCUCUGUUCCCUGGAUACCCUCAACGAUGUAAAGGAGAUUGGUCAGGUUUUUCUCGAUAUAUUGCAGUGUCAUCGAUGGCUCUUUGAUCACCCAAAGAUUCUCCACCGCGAUAUCAGUAUGACCAAUGUGAUGUAUCGAAGGAGACAUGGGCAAGUCUGCGGUGUCCUCAAUGAUUUCGACCUCUCCUCUUUUCUUCCUCUCCGAGAUGCCUCGUCUCUCCAUCGUACAGGUACUGCACCUUAUAUGGCCUGCGACCUUCUGCGUGCAACCGACAUCAGCCAUCUGUAUCGUCAUGAUAUCGAAGCCCUGUUCUAUGUCUUGAUGAUGCUCUGCUGUCAUUACGAGAUUGUGCGCUCUGACAAGGGGUCCACAAUGAAGGAAUUGAAAACGGAAAAGGGGAAGAAACCACCGUUUUCUGACUGGUUCGACCGAAUGAUGACGUGGGAAGCCCUAUCUAGGCAGAAGAGAUGCUUCCUAGCUGAGGACACGCCCAUUCCUACUUCGACAUCAUUUUCCGCCUUUCUUCCUUGGCUUCAAGACAUCCGGGUUGCAUUUGGUGAUGGUUUCCAUGCACGGACCAAAUCCAAGAUUCAACCCAAUCCGAAACGAAAAAUUCCUGCAAAUUUCAUUCCACCGAGUGAGCGUGAUCUUACAAAUCGUCCCAGCAGCAUCCAGGUCCCUGUGCCCUUUGACGACGAGACGCUUGGCGGAUAUGUUGUCUACUCGGACUUUUUGGCAACCAUGUCGGAUAUCGGCGGUCACUCUUUAGUCAUCAAAAACGUUCAGUAGUGAGGCCUAAGGUCUCGAAGGUUAAACAAGUGUAUAUUCACAUAGAUAGGCAUACAAAGUCGCAU